AUGGCGGUUGAGCUCUUCAACCUGGGGGCUGCCUCGGGGGUCGGGGCUUUUCCCUCAACCCAGUCAACAUCUCAGCGGCCCCUUUCGUCUCUAGACUCGGUGCAGGAAGACAUCUACACGCGCAACCUGCUCUUUCCCGAUCCCCAGGACCUCUAUGAACACCGCCUCAACCAGCUGUACCCUCUGUCCAGCGGGCUGCCUACCCCCUCCGGCUCGUCUACAAACGCCUUUGACUACAAUGGCGACAUCGAGCUCGACGUGCGCGAUGUCCGCAUUGUUGUCAUGCAGGACGCCCUGAGUUCUGUCGCGGCCUCUCUUCUGUAUGACAGCCAAGCCCCUCCCCCAGUCCCGACCGCGUCUGGGGACCGCCCUUCUACGACAGCUGGGUCUUCGUCGCACUACUCGCUUCAAGAGGCGCGUCGGACCCCUGCCUCUCCGCGAAAGCCCAGCAUCAGCCAUGUGCAGCGCCCCAUCAUCAUCCAGCCCGACAGCCCCAAGAUGCGCCAGGGCGCUUUCGACAGGAGGCCUUCUGUCCAUGGCCGCGGCCAGGCCAUCGCGGAGAGCGACUCGCAGCGCACAUGGCGCGAGUACCGCGAGGAACUGGCCACCUUUUCCAGCUGCAUAUUUGGCAAUUCUGAGCUCAUGGCAUACAAGGGAACUUCGACCAAAGUACACGUCGUCCCGUCCGAAUCCCGUUCGGUCGAAAACACGUCCAUCCUGGGAGACGGGCGAGGUUCCGUCGGACGAUCCAGCAUGAGGUCGAGCAGGCUAUCGCAGUCGUUUUCUUCGGAAAGUGUUUUGCCCUUUACCACGUCUCCCACCCCAGGCACCGCAAGCCGUGCCCCGGACCGGAAAAAGGUGUUGGUGACGAGGCUCUUCCCUGUUAAUCUGCCUACUGACGAAGGCGCUGUUUCUCCCACCACCCAGGCCGCCCAGUCCGAGGACAACAACGGCUACCCCUUUCCGCACGCUGCAGACGAUGCCAAGGCCAAGAAGAGGAAGGCCCAACCGAAGCAGAAGAGGACGCCCAUGUACGCCAUUGCGCUUGUCAUCAACUUGCCCGCCAUGCCUCACCACUCCACGCCAGUGCUCACUUCUCGAGCGGCAUUCCGGGGGCCGAGCUCGUACUCGGAACAAGACUCAUUCCCAUCGUCUUUCAACUCCGGCCGUCCUUCGGGCUGGACGCUUGUUGGCCAGGGAAGUGCUGCAUUUGAACCGUUCGAGACAACGUUCAGCAACGAUAUCGAGGACCAGAUAGACUCCAUCACCCAGCACUGGGAUAUAAUUAUGAGGACAUUGAGUCACCUGCAGUCCGCCGUCGCCGCCACGCUGCUCUUGAUGCUCAAGCAGGCUGAUCUCUCGUCGCCGGAUCCGCUCCCAGCCGUGAUAUCUUCUCAUAUGGCCCGGACAUCGUCCUGGUCUGGCCGUCGAGGCGAAGACCUGCCAGUCAAGCCCCCCAAAACAAAUGCCAAGCACAUCACACUGCUUCCUAAUUGUUUACUCGAUAACCGGCGAAUAGCAGCCGAAGUUGACGACGCCAAGACGAGGAUUGUUGCCGGCAUCCGUGCUGCUCGAGUCACCACUGGACAAAACCGCUGGCCGAUCUGGCGAGAGGAAGCCCGACGGGUUGCCAAGUGGGCUGGCGGAAGAGAGCAAGGGUUCUUCUUUUUCAACCUGCUCACCGGGUUUCUCGCAACGCACACCGAUUGGCUUCAGGCACUAAGUCCACCUCAAUAUCGUCGCCGACACUUUCUCCAGCAAAAGGGGAAAACCGACGAAGAUGCUGCGGUGCCGGCUCGAACAAUCAUAGUGGCCCAUGACAAGAUUGCUGCAAGGCGAUUGGUAUUUCUACUUGCUGCCUUUCUACCCGCCUCACAACAACUCCCCGGCAUCCGCCACCACCGGCCAAGCACCUCUGCUUCGCUGGGAGCUUUGUCACAUUCACCCCCUUCGUUUGUCGUCCCCAUUCUUAAGGAGGAGUCGCUACGCCGGAAGAUAAAUCGUCGCACAGGCCCCCGCCGGUCAUCCCAUUCUCGCAAUCUCAGCCUUCAGUCUCAAUCUGGACGAUCAAGUGCCAUACCUCCAUCCCUAGCACAUCUGAGUAUGGAAGGGGGGCACGAGAGACGUGUCUCUGAUGCAGCCUCUAUCCGGACGACAAAUCUGCCGAUGCACGGAAGCGAUCUAACAACGAGGAAAAGUAGUGCGGCUACGACCGCAACCAUGACGUUUGAGAACAGUGUGCCGCAUUUCUCAACCGCUCAUCAACUCGAGCCAUUCCCUCACGGCCGCCCCGGGAGCAGUAACAGCAUAGCCGCUAACGAUUUAAAACGUCUUACAAGGGAGGAUAGUAUGCUCCAUAAUGUCACAAGCGCCGAAGUUAGACAAGGUUCUAAUUCUAGAUGGGGAAGCGUCAUAAGCGGCUUUUGGGGGACGCGCAGAAGAGAUUCUGCAUCAUCAGGAACAAAAGUUCAGCCGCUAGUGGACGGGCAGCACCCCGACUCUUCUCCAGCGCCAAAGACUGGGACAUAUCCAGACCCCACCAAUCCGUCCCCCACAGCAAUCGCGGGUACCGAGCUUGGUGAACAGCCUAACGAUAGUCCAGAUUCUGCCGGCGCAGACUAUAGAGCAAGCCCCGAGCCUCCACGCCUGGAUCCCAAGACUAACCUGGUGUUCAGCCAGCACGCAGGGAGCCCCCCCAAAGUGCACAGAACCCCCGAUCCGUCUGGAGCGUUCGAGUCCCCAGUGAAGACCUCAAUCAACGAUGAUGGGGUUAUUGACGUGGAUGUGCCAUUUCCCGAUUACAUCACCUCUUUUGAGACUGCUGUAAGCUCGCCAUCUAGCAGUGGCUAUCUCUCUGCGCCCGGAUUUGGCACGGGAUUUGAAGCUUUCGAGCAAUCUUGCCGUCUCUCUGUGGAUGGAGACGUGCCCCUCAACGUUGCCGGUUGGCUUCAGCAAUACCAUCCUGACUUCGUGUUACAAGCAUUGCCUACACAAGAGGACUUGAUGGGACAAGUGAAAGCUUCUAUGCGGGCUGAGCCGUCCCCGCCGCUACUGCCCAGCGCCGUGGUGCCAGAGCAUAGCAUGGAGAGGUGGAUGGAUAUCAGCACCGCCAUUGUUGCCGACACCACUACAUUUACUAUUACACGCAUACGUUACCGUCGCUUGGUGAAACCAACGUUGACUUCUGUGGACCGAAACCUGGCCCCAGCGACCCCCGUCAACAUCUACAACUCGGCAGGUCUGACUCCGGCGCUGCCUCCUUACGAGGUGCCGCUGAACGAUGAAUUCAUUGUAGAACAAGUUACCAGUCUCGACGAUGUUCUUGCCGAGGCUGUCGAGAAGGUGAUUGCGGUAAACACGGAUGCGAGCAAAGUGAGCUCAUCUAACUCGUCCCGGUCUACUAGCAAGCGGAGAGACAGGAGCAACAGCACAUCGACUCAAUCAGACGUUCGCUCCCAGGUGCUCGCCCUUCCCCAUGAGGUGCCGCGCUCGCAAUGCAAGACAGUCCUACUUUCCGCUCUCGAGGAGGUCAUUCGCGGAGUCAUUGAGGAGCGCGAACAAAAAGACAAUAAUGGUGUUGUCAAGGCUACCGUGGAGCGUGAAAAAGAGAGCGCCCUGCGAGAGGCUGUCAGGGGCUGGUUGGACAGUGUUGAGCUUGGGGACUGA